GUCAGCAAGACCCGCCUAUGGAUUAAUGAUACUUAACAGAAAGGACCUGAACAACCUGGUCCAGCCGCUAACAAGCCAGGUGGAGUUCCAUCUCAACACACCUUUCCUGCUGUAUAAGAAGUUGUCGGAUGACAUUGAAGAUGCAAUCUUGGGGAUCUGGUUCGUGGACAGAGGCGAAUGCCUGCGGCUGACGGAGACUAUUCAAAGAAUCCUGAGAGAAGUGUCUGGACGAGGUGAAGAUAAGAGAUCUGACAUAGACCCAGCUUUGCUUCGAGGACUUGGCAGUUCAGCUCAUGAUGGUAAACCCAGUGGUCCUGGACCCGGUCAGAACAUACUGAGUCUCUUGACUAAUGCGCAGAAGACAUAUGAUCAGGAGCAUGGAGCAUCCUAUGAACAUCCAGAUCUGAGGCCAAUCAGGCAUGCCAGCGGUGAUGCAUCUGUCAUGCCCCAGUUCUCUGUUGAAGACCUUUUCCGCACAGUGAAUAAACACCAGGCAAAGGCUGGACUAGUGGAUACAGGAACGGAUACUACAAAGAAUCCAGUAUUUGCUAGAUCUCUAUCAGUAACAGAAGUUGAAGCCCAGCCAGUUCAGGCCAGCCCACAACCAGACAACAGGCACCCACUGCUCAAACUGAUCUCCUCAAAGACUGUGGCGGAGAUUGAAAGACAGCAUAUAGAGGAGCAUAAACGACUGCAG